UAGCAACUGGUUCAAGUUGCCACCAAUAACGUAAAUAAAUUAUUCUAUGUAAUGGGUUGCUACAAACAAAAAAAUGGGGUUUCGAUUCAAUCAGGUCCUCUCCCGUCGUUGUUUUUGAAAUUAAUUCUGUACGUUUACGCCAGGCAAGAAAACCGAUGCUAUUUAUUGUCCUUGUCAAGAUAAACGGACCUCGUUGUGCUUCUCAAGCCAUCCUAGCUUGCCCGCUGCAAACAAAGGGACGCGGAAGUUAGCAACACGUCGCUAAAUCUGAGCUCGGGUCGUGCCAAAAUGUGCAAAGUAGAAAUGCUGAGAGCGUUGCUGAAUCAGCGAUUAAGUGCGGUCGUGGAAGAAAUAUUUGUACUGUUUGAAAGAACGGUAGUGGAGUACGAGGAGGAACUUUCUCGAACAAAGGAGGAGAACCGGCGACAACGCCAACUGCUGGACACUUUCAUCAAAGCAGAUGUCGAUGAAGACGUUCCUUCAACUGAGCAGCAAGAAUUGAGCUCCAGGGUGGAGCAGCAGGAACCAGAGUCCCCCCACGUUAAAGAAGAAGAUGAUGGCUCCCAGUUUCGAGGACUACAGGAGGAUGACAAGCUCUUGAAUCAUGUCAUUGUCAAGAGUGAAAUUGAGGAAAAAGGAGGCGAUGGAUACUUCUGUGCAGGUUCCAAACCAGACAGCCUCUUAGCGUCACUAUCAAAUCGUGAUGACACGUCGUCACACACUCCUGAGACUGAUGAAGAACACUCUAAAGCUGAUGUGACAUGUCACACAAACAUGGAACAUCUUCAAUGUUCUCAGUGUGACAAAACCUUUGGCAGCAAGAGGAACCUCAAAAGACACAUGAGAUGUCACCAAAGUGACAAACCCUUCAUCUGCACAGAUUGUGGUAAAACCUUCUCUUUAAAGGGACAUUUGAUUCGACACACAAGAACACACACUGGAGAAAAACCUUUUUCCUGCUCAAUUUGUUGUCAGAGGUUCACCCGAAAGGCUUCUCUAAUUAUACACCAAAGGACACACACUGGUGAGAAACCUUUUUCGUGUUCGGUGUGCGGUAAAAGAUUCCCUCACAGGUCAACUUGGAUGCGACACACAAGAACACACAGCGGAGAAAAACCAUACGCCUGCUCGUACUGCAACAAAAGAUUCUCCCAAAAUGGAUACUUGGUAACGCACACCCGAACGCACACCGGAGAGAAACCUUUUCCCUGUCCAAUCUGCCACACCAAUUUUCGCGAUCGGUCAGCGUUGAGUAAUCACAUCAGAACACACACAGACGAGAAGCCAUUUUCUUGCACAAUCUGUGACAUCCGCUUCCGUAAUCGUUCAACAUUCUGGAGACACAUGAGAACACACACUGGAUAGAGCGGUGCCGCCGAAGUUGUGUGUGUGAUAAAUUGUCAUAGGCUGUCUUUGAAAUAAUUUGCAGCAAUCCCUUACUGACUAAUCACUAUACAUCAGAGGAGUCAGGUAAUAAAGUACAAAUACUUCACUGAGUAUAAAUUUUGUGUAUGUUUUGUAUUUAUUUUUUCAGCCUACUUUUACUUCUUAUGCUGUACAUUUUCCCAAACACAUCUGCACUUUCUACAGCCUACACUUGAAAAAGGGCCUCGUUCGAUCUCAUUUUGGAUUCUGUUAAGUCAAAAACCGUCGAGAUAAAUUGCUCUAGGAUAGUGUUUUUUUUUUUUUUUUGGUUGACUGAGAAAUAUAAACAUAGUAGUGUAGACCAUUCCGACACCAUAUUAGUUUAUACCCAAUCCAUGAAACCUACACGGUAUAAGUAACAAAUAAAGAUUAAAUCAUCACGUUAGGACACACUAGACCGCUCAGACACCAAAUUUAUACUUUAAGUUGUUUUGAAACCAUCACAUUCACAAUUUCUUUUUACUGAAAAAAACUAAAAACAAGUGGAUAUAUGAACUUCUACAGCAGUCUUCUACUUAAGUAAUGAAUGUGAAUACUUUCGACACCUCUGCUAUACAAUGCAGGGAUAGACCUUUCCAACUGGCGAUCUUCAGCUCUGCCCCCCUUAGCAACAGUUGCCAUCUCCCACAAUCUUCCAAAAUGGUGACUGAUGAAGGGUUAUGUAAAUACUUUUUGCUUGAAAUAUUUUACGCGGAUGCAGCGCGGGGCUUUGCUAUAUUAUAAAAGAAAGAAAAAGCAUUGCAUAUGAAGCAAAGGUUGUCGGCCAUCUUGUUUGUGUUAAAGUGUUGUGUGACAGGAAAGACAAAACCACAGGUAACGGUUUUCCCCAGCUACGAAAGGUCAACAGUGCAAAGGGUGGUCAGAGUGCAUCAACUGACAGAUAACGUCUGCAAAGUGCGGUCAGGCUUCGAACGAAGAACCAGACGAUAGAUGAGUCACAACACCCGGAUGGGAGGAGAACGGAGUCAGCCAAUUAAUAUGCAUUUUGAUUUAGGAAAAUGAAUAUUCAUGAUGUGUUUCUAUAUAACUGGGCAACCCGGAUUAGUGUGUUGUCUCUUGAUGGUCACAAGGACACACGUUUUUUGUGUCAGGGGCCCGG